ACAACCCUCCUCUAUGCGCCACACGCACGUUCUCUCUCAUUUCUCAAUGGCUCCCUUCUCAUCACGUCUUCUUCAUGGCGUGCCCCUUCUGCUAAUCCUCGUCGGCGCCGCCGCCGCAGUGACGACCGCCGUCCAUGCGGACACCGGUGGCUACCGCCGGCGGCACGCCCGCUUGUUCGCGUUCGGCAACUCGCUCACUGACACCGGAAACGCGGCCAUCUUCCCGGCGACUGCAGGAGGACCUUCCACCUCGCCGCCGUACGGGGAGACCUACUUUGGCCAUCCCAGCGGCCGAGCUUCCGACGGCAGGCUCAUCGUCGACUUCCUCGUGGAGGAGCUGAAGGUGCCAGAGCCGACGCCGUACCUCGCCGGCGGCAGGACGACGGCCACGGCCGCCGACUUCGUCAACGGGGCCAACUUCGCGCUGGGUGGUGCAACGGCGCUCGACCAGGCGUUCUUAGCGACCAAGGGGAUACAGUCGCUCGUGCCCAUCUCUCUGACUAAUGAGACGACGUGGUUUCACAACGUUUUGCAGCUACUCGACGCAUCAGACUACGAUCAGCAUAAGAUCUUGGCAAGCUCGGUCUUCUACCUUGGCGAGAUCGGUGUCAACGACUACUUCAUCGCCCUAAGCAACAACACUGUGGACGUCGCGGUCAGUCUGGUGCCACACAUCAUCGACACCAUCCGUUCAGCCCUGACCACCAUGAUCUCUGCCGGGGCGAAGACGGUGGUGGUUUCAGGGAUGCUACCAAUCGGCUGUGAGCCGCAGCAGCUGGCGCUGUUCCCUGGCGGUCCGGGCGACUACGACCCGACCACCGGCUGCAUCACCCGGUUCAACGUGCUCGCCGAGCACCACAACCACAUGCUGAGGACGAUGCUGAGGGAGCUCCGGCGGAGCAACUAUGGCAGGACGUCCCUGACGACCCUCCUCUACGCCGACAUCUACCGCCCCGUGAUCAAGGCCGUCGCGUCCCCGGCGCUGUACGGUUUCGGCGACAGGCCGCUGGCGGCGUGCUGCGGCGGCGGUGGCGGCCCCAACAACUUCGACUUCCUCGCGUUCUGCGGCACGCCGGCGUCGAUGGCGUGCGCCGACCCGUCCAAGUUCAUCUCCUGGGACGGCAUCCACUUCACCGAGGCUGCCAAUAGGUUCAUCGCGCGUAACAUGAUCAAGGGACUGCUGCCGCUAAGCCGUGCGGCGGCGUACGUUGCAACAAGUUAAUUUUUCUAUGUUAAGUUUUGCGAGUCAUAUUAUGAACGUAUAUUAUAUUCAUGAGUGUGAAACUUCUCGUGUAAUAAGGAUGGUCUGAUUGCUCACUUGCGAAGAGAUAUAUAUAAUAUAGAGCAAGCUGUUUUUAGCAUUUAGGAAAAAUAAAAUGUCUUGGGCUGAAAGAACUAUUAAUUGGAA